UUAUACUUGGCACAAUGCAGUCAGGCAAGUAUCGUUCUGCUGGCAACCACCAAAUCCAGACAUGUCCAUUGGAUUUCCAGACAGAGAAGCGUGAUUCAUCACUCCAGAGAACACAUCUCCACUGCUCUAGAGUCCAGUGGCGUGCGUGGCUGAGUUUCUGUUGUUCCCAGUUGCUUCCACUUUCUUGUAAUACCACUAACAGUUGACCGUGGAAUAUUUGGUAGCAAGGAAAUUUCACGGAUGGACUUAUUGCACAGGUGGCAACCUAUCAUGGUACUAUGCUUGAACUCACUGAGCUCCUGAGAGUGACGCAUUCUUUCACAAAAGUUUGUAGAAGCAGUGUGCAUGCCUAG